AUGAAUUCAAUCAAAUCCAGAACAGAGGAGCACCUCCAUAAAUUGACUACCAUUAGAUCCCCCUUGAGAGAAAUUGAUCCACAGCACAAUGCCGGUGAUGCGGAUUUAUUAGCUCAAAUUGGUUAUAAACAAGAGUUAAGACGUCAUUACAGUACGUUACAGGUUUUCGGUAUUGCUUUUUCAAUCAUGGGUUUAUUACCAAGUAUUGCGUCAACUUUAUCAGUCGGUUUAGAAAGUGGUCCAGCUGGAUUGGUUUGGGGCUGGUUCUUGUCAUCUAUUUUUAUUCUUUGUAUUGGUAUAAGUAUGGCUUUUCUCGGUAGUGCCAUUCCAACUUCAGGUGGUUUGUAUUAUUAUACAAACUAUUAUUGUCCAGAUGCAUUCAGAGUUCCUUUGAGUUUCAUGAUUGGUUGUUCUAACUCAUUAGGAUUGAUUGGUGGUUUGUGUAGUAUCAGUUAUGGGUUUGCUGUGCAGGUUUUAUCUGCCGUGUAUAUCCAACAAGAUGGUGGAUUUGAAAUUACCAAUGCAAAAUGUUAUGGUAUCUUUGUUGGUUGUGUUGUCACAAAUGCCAUUAUUUGUUGUUUGGCUACCAAACAAGCUGCACUUUUACAAACAGUCUCCAUUAUUGUUAAUGUCUUUUUAGUUUUGUUGUUCCUUAUUGCUGUUCCAGCCGGUAAAGCCCAUGAUUUUAAUUCCGCUAGUUUUAUCUUUACCAAUUUUGAAAACUCCAGAGAUUAUGGUACUGUUUGGUCAUUUGCCUUAUCUUGGAUGCCGGCCAUUUGGACAAUUGGUGCUUUUGAUUCUACAAUUCAUUGUAGUGAAGAAGCCAAAAACGCACAAAGAGCUAUUCCAUUUGGUAUUAUUGGAUCCAUUACUGCAUGUUGGCUGUUGGGUUGGUUUAUCGUUAUUGUUUGUGCUGCAUGUAUCAAAGAUGGAGAUGUUGGUAGAGUACUUGAAUCAGAAACUGGUUCUGCUAUGGCGCAAAUCAUUCUUGAUGCAUUAGGUAAGAAAUGGGCUGUCGCUUUCAUGUCACUUAUUGCAUUUGGUCAAUACUUGAUGUCCGUCUCAAUUAUGAUCGCUUUAUCUAGACAAGUUUGGUCAUUUGCUAGAGAUGAUGGUUUACCAGUUGUUUACAACUUUGUCAAGUAUGUUAAUCCAAGAAUUCAAGUUCCAAUUAGAGCUACCAUGUUUGCCGCUGCCUUAGGUAUUGUGUUGGGUUUGUUGGUAUUGAUUAAUGGAUCUGCGGGAUCAGGUGCACUUUUCAGUUUGGCAGUUGCAAGUAAUACUUUAUCUUGGGGUCUUCCAGUGUUAUUAGUUCUUUUACCAUACGGAAGAAAGAGAUUUAUUCCUGGUCCAUUUUAUUUUGGAAAGUAUAUCAGUACUUUGAUUAAUAUUGUUAGUGUUGGUUGGACUGGAUAUGUUAUUGUCUUGUGUAUGUUCCCAGAUAGUUUACAUGUUGACAAAGAUACCAUGAACUAUACCGUGGUCAUCAAUGUUGGAGUUUGGUUGUUAUCUUUAACAUACUAUUUUGUGUGGGGAUAUAGAUCUUACUCUGGACCUAAAUCCAAUCUUGAUGCAGAAUACUUGGAAGCUACUUCAAUUCCAAAUGUUGAUGAAGUCUUGGGUGAAAAGCGAGACCUGGAAUAA